GGAAUACCUGUAUGACACAAAGAAUUUUAUAAUUAUCUAUAUAUGUCACAUUGCUAUACCUGUAUCAAUUAUCAUCCAAAGAAUUUAAUAUAAUUAUACUUUAUAACCGUUUAAUCUAAAGAUUUUAGGCUGUAUUUAUCAAUAGUAAUAUUUAAGCUUAGUUGAAAUUUAGCUGUUACUUCAUUAAGUAGCAGAAAUUUAGAAAAAUAUGGAUUUGCGGCAUUUAAUUAUUCUACUGCUAAGUAGUUCAUUUUGCUUAUCAGAAAUCAAAAUUUCUCCAAACUUUAAAGAAAUCCAUUUAAAAGAAGGUGAUGAAUUGGAAUUAACUUGCACAAGCACAGACGAAGGCGACAUUGAUUUUUUUUAUCCAAAAAGUGUUGAUGAUGAGAUUGAAACAUCGUCAGUAGAGAUCGUUCAAGAUCCAACAUCUGAUCCGUCCAAGUUCAUAUUACGAAGACGUAAAACAUAUUUUGGUGACACUGGAUGGUACGGAUGUACCGAAGCAAGUAAAAAUUAUCGAAAACUCAAUCAUAUGAAAAUUUCAGUCACGCCGGAUACUUAUGAUGAGAUUUUUAUCAAAUGGGUUUACGUUUAUGUAACAUCUCCAACUACUGUCUGGAUUUCAAUUAACAAAUUUAGAAUAAUCGACAGCUUCGUUGGUGGCAAUGCGAUCUUUCCAUGCCACCCCAAUUCUCCAACAGCCACUGUAACCUUAUCAUUCGAAAAUUCGGCUGAAGCUCUUCCUUUGGACGAUAAAUUAUCAUUUGAUCCAAGAGUGGGAUUUACAUUACACAAUGUUUCAAAAAAUGAUUCAGGAUCAUACACAUGUAAUGUUAAAAACGUCCCUGAUGACUGGAUUGUUAUCAAACUUGACGUACUAGGCCCCAAUUCCUUGACUUCUGUGAUAAUAGACAGUUACUCACUGCAGCAGAUAACUCUCGGCCAGGACUUUUCGAUGAAUUGCUCGAUCUUUUACAGCGAUGACUUCGCACCGAGCAUGUUCCGUUGGAUAACACCACGAGGGAGCAAACAUAUCACAAAAACUCUCGCUACAUCCACGGAAGAAAAUUCUAGUGAAUAUUUCAGCGAAUUGACGAUAAAAAACGUAACUGUGGAUGAUGUUGGUGAAUACACGUGCCAGUUUUAUGGAUAUAAUAUUGAUACUGUUAAAAUUAACCUUCAAUUGCACAAUGAAAGCUAUAUUAAAUUAUCAAGCAAUAGAAUUUUUAAUAAGUACCGAGUUAAAGUUGGUGAAAAUUUGGAUUGGACUAUAGAUGUCGAAGCUUAUCCAAUACCGAAAUUUCAGUGGUUUGAUCCUAAGGGAAAUGAAAUAGAAAACGAUUGGAUAUUUUAUGACUUUCAAGUCAACGGUGAACACUUUUCGGUCCAAUUAAUCAAACCUUCUUUGAUUUAUGAAGAUCGUGGGACUUAUACUCUGAAAGCUACUAAUGCAGCAGAAUCUAGGGAGAUUAAAUUGACGCUUGAUGUUUUAGUUGAACCUACCAUAGUACAAAAAUCAGAAGACGCAGAAGUGAUAUCUGCUUCAUACAAUCAAACCAUAACUGCUGAAUGCGAAGCUCAAGGAAAUCCGCUUCCGAUUAUAGUAUGGAAAUAUUCUCAUAAUUUUGAGAAUUCAACUGAAAAUACAGGAGAAGGCGAUUUGUUUAAUAUAACAUCGAUCUCAGUUGAUGGGGAGAAAACAAUAUCCACGGUCAAUGUAAAAGCUCAAAAUACAGGAAAGCUUAUUUGCAGUGCAUGCAACGAAGUGAACUGCAGAUCUUCUGUUGUUAAAGUUAUCAAUAUGCCAGUGUUGCUGAAAUUGCAGCCAAAUCCACGAGCAAGGUCUGAUUACCAGGUGGUCUCUUUAAGCGAAGGCGAGACAUUGACUAUUUAUUGUGUCAAUACUACAGAUAUCUUAUUUACCAUCCCCGUAUUUAGACAGGGUGUUGUCAAUUCAAAGUUUUCCUUGUCUCUACAAAAGGUCGGUGAUAAGGAUCCAUGGUUUGAACGCAAACCAACGGUCUAUGGUGAUAGUGGAUGGUACGCAUGUGGGAUUAUGCCCAAAAAAUAUAAAGACUAUAAGGAAUUUCCGUUCGUAUACAGUCCAGAUAUUUACAAGGAAUCAAAUAGUGACUGGGUGUACGUUUAUGUCCAAUCUUUGGAGAACCUUUUUGUCGAGACUCCAUAUAUAAAAAAAGAUUCCGACGAUAAUUACAUUUUAGAAGUAAAUAUUGGAAAUGAUCUAAUAUUCCCUUGUCGGCCAACUUCACCAGACUAUCAAGUAGAUCUUUAUAUAGAUGACCAAAAAGCAAAAUUAGGUGACAAUUUAUUAUAUGAUCCAAAGAUAGGAUUUACAAUGUUGAAUAUAACAGAUGAAAUGCCCUUUUUCUUCCACUGUAAGAUAAACGAUACCACCACAGGAAAGGUGCAGAGAAGAGACUUCAGUGUAAACCUAGAAAAUUCAACAAACGGGCUUGACUCACCAAAGAUAUUGACUGAAACACUCACUCAAAUGGUAGUCGGAAAACCUUUCACUUUGCAAUGUGAAGCUUACUUCAAUCGAGUUAAGACCAAUUACUAUUUCAAAUGGAAUAAGCCUCAGCUGAACAAUCAAAUCACACAAAAGUUGUACCAACUCAACGGUACCACGAGGACUAUUAUAGAAAACUGGGAACCACAAACUGGGUUCGUGAUCUUUGAACUGACUAUCGAGAACGUUACUCCGGGAGAUUUUGGCGAAUACGAGUGUGUGAUUUAUGAAUAUUCAUCUUUUAAGUCAGAUAAAAUCUAUUUGGAACCCCAUGAAUGGAAUUAUCUGGAAUUAUCAAGUAGCACAAUUGAAAUCACUGUUGAAGUCGGACACAAUUGGUUCUUCAAUUUUGAUGUUAGCGCGUAUCCUCUGCCUAAUUUGAAGUGGUACGGCCCAAAAGGCCGAGAAAAAAAGAACCAGUGGACCCCUAGGAAUUAUGAAAUCAAUGGCGAAUCAUUUGAGGUCGUUUUGGAGACUAAAAAUACCAGUUUCGAAGACUUUGGCACUCAUACAAUAGUUGCCGAUAAUUCGCUAAUAACUAAAAAUAUUACUUUCGACGUUUUAGUUAAAGUGAAACCCGAAAUUACGAAGCCUAAAUAUGAUUACGUAGGAAAUUAUAUGUUAAAUCAAAAAAUUGAGUUUCAAUGUCAAGCUAGUGGAUAUCCGAUACCAAAUUUGAAUUGGGUGUAUGGCAACAAUUAUUUGGAUUCAACUAGCUCUUUAGACUCCGAAAUAUUUGAGAAUGAAACAAAAACAGUAACUGGAAAGACAACCGUAACAUCUACUGUAACUAUAAAAAUGGUUGAAUCUGGGUCGAUUAGAUGCAAGGCGUGUAACAAAGAAGGCUGCAACCAAUAUGUAGUACAAGUAGUCAAUGUCUUCGAUCCAAACGUUGCAUGUCCUAAACUUGAAACUCCAGACACUUCAGUGGCGUCUUGUAAAGAAGUACAUACCAAUCAAUCUCUUGAAUCAAAUCAAUCCAAUGUAUACGGCUUGAUCAUGACCAGUCAACAAGUCAAUGCUUCUAAAGGACGUUCCGUUAGUAUUAAGUGUGGUUUCUUGGAUGAUAAGUUUCGCAGCAACAUAUUGUGGCAGAAAACCAACGCUAGUCUUGCAUUUAAUGACAGGGUUAUAGUUGAUUACAAUAACGAUACUGAAACACAUUUGUAUGUGUCGGAACUUACCAUAUCAAAUGUUGUUAAGUCAGACGAAGGUUAUUACAUCUGCGAAGGCACGACAAAAGAUGGCUCUGUAGUUCAAAAUGAGUUUAUACUUUAUGUCAAUGCUUCUGCUGUAAUGGCGGCUUCGAUAAUCAUUCAGUUAUCGAUAAUGUUACUCUCAUACUUAUUGUAAUCAAUUUUUGAUUAAAUUAACAAACUACUUCAAUUUUUAUAAUCAAGUUUAUUUGAAUAAAUUUAAAAAUGAUUGACUAUUUAUCUUUAUUAAUAAUACUGAAAAACAUUCUUGAUAACCUUCGAAAAAAUAUUUCAGCAUGAUGUUAAACAUUUUAGACCAAG